UUCGUCUUCUGCCUGCUCAGUGUUUUCGUCUCUGCGUAUUAUUUAUAUGGGUGGAAAAGGGGCUUGGAGCCCUCUGGGGAUGUGGUGGGGCCAGACUGCGAUGAGCCCAAGGUUGCCCCUUCUCGUUUGCUGCCGCUGAAGACCCUCAAGGUGGUUGACUCCUCCCGCACAGACCCCUUGGUGCUGGUCUUCGUGGAGAGCCUCUACUCCCAGCUGGGCCAGGAGAUCGUGGCCAUUUUGGAGUCAAGUCGCUUCAAAUACAGGACAGAGAUUGCCCCUGGGAAGGGGGACAUGCCCACGCUGACCGACAAGGACCGGGGACGCUUUGCGCUCAUCAUCUACGAGAACAUCCUCAAGUACGUCAACCUGGAUGCCUGGAACCGGGAGCUGCUGGACAAGUACUGUGUGGAGUAUGGUGUGGGCAUCAUUGGCUUCUUCAAGGCCAACGAGAACAGCCUGCUGAGCGCCCAGCUGAAGGGCUUCCCCCUCUUCCUCCACUCCAACCUGGCGCUGAAGGACUGCAGCAUCAACCCCAAGUCACCGCUGCUGUACAUCACACGGCCCAGCGAGGUGGAGAAGGGUGUGCUCCCCGGGGAGGACUGGACCGUCUUCCAGUCCAACCACUCCACCUACGAGCCGGUCCUCCUGGCCAAGACCAAGUCGGCCGAGUCCAUCCCGCACAUGAGCGUGGAUGCAGCACUGCACACCACCGUGAUGCAGGACCUGGGCCUCCAUGAUGGCAUCCAGAGGGUGCUUUUUGGCAACAACCUCAACUUCUGGCUGCACAAGUUGGUCUUCGUGGACUCUGUCUCCUUCUUGACGGGCAAGAGGCUCUCCCUGCCCCUCGACCGCUACAUCCUGGUGGACAUCGACGACAUCUUUGUGGGCAAGGAGGGCACACGCAUGAAGGUGGAAGAUGUCAAGGCGCUGUUUGACACGCAGAACGAGCUGCGCACCCACAUCCCGAACUUCACCUUCAACUUGGGAUACUCAGGGAAAUUCUUCCACACGGGUACCGAUGCUGAAGACGAAGGUGAUGACCUGCUGCUGUCCUACGUGAGGGAGUUCUGGUGGUUCCCCCACAUGUGGAGCCACAUGCAGCCUCACCUCUUCCACAACCAGUCCGUUCUUGCUGAACAGAUGACCUUAAACAAGAAAUUCGCUGUCGAGCAUGGCAUCCCCACUGACAUGGGGUACGCCGUGGCCCCCCACCACUCCGGUGUGUACCCUGUCCAUGUGCAGUUGUACGAAGCUUGGAAGCAGGUUUGGUCAAUCAAAGUGACGAGCACGGAGGAGUACCCCCACCUGAAACCUGCUCGCUAUCGCCGUGGCUUCAUCCACAAUGGCAUCAUGGUACUCCCCCGGCAAACCUGCGGCCUUUUCACGCACACCAUCUUCUACAACGAAUACCCCGGUGGCUCGAGUGAGCUGGACAAAAUCAUCAACGGGGGUGAACUGUUCCUGACCGUGCUCCUCAACCCCAUCAGCAUCUUCAUGACCCAUCUGUCCAAUUACGGCAACGACCGCCUGGGCUUGUACACCUUCAAGCACUUGGUCCGCUUCCUCAACUCCUGGACCAACUUAAAGCUACAGACGUUGCCACCUGUGCAGCUGGCGCAGAAAUACUUCCAGAUCUUCUCCGAGGAGAAGGACCCGCUGUGGCAGGAUCCCUGUGAAGACAAACGACACAAAGAUAUUUGGUCCAAAGAAAAGACCUGUGACCGAUUCCCAAAGCUUCUUAUCAUCGGGCCUCAAAAGACAGGAACAACCGCCCUUUAUCUCUUCUUGGGGAUGCAUCCGGAUCUGAGCAGCAACUACCCCAGCUCAGAGACCUUCGAGGAGAUACAGUUCUUUAAUGGACACAACUAUCACAAGGGCAUCGACUGGUACAUGGAGUUUUUCCCCAUCCCCUCCAACACCACCUCUGACUUCUACUUCGAGAAAAGUGCCAACUACUUUGACUCAGAAGUCGCUCCCCGGCGAGCCGCGGCCCUGCUCUCCAAGGCCAAAGUCAUCACCAUCCUCAUCAACCCUGCAGAUCGAGCCUACUCCUGGUAUCAGCACCAGCGAGCUCACGAUGACCCAGUCGCCCUGAAAUACACCUUCCACGAGGUGAUCACGGCGGGACCUGAGGCUGCUCCAAAGCUCCGAACCCUGCAGAACCGCUGCCUGGUGCCAGGCUGGUAUGCUACCCACAUCGAGCGCUGGCUGAACAGCUACCACGCCAACCAGAUCCUGGUCCUGGAUGGCAAGCUACUCCGAACGGAACCUGCCAAAGUGAUGGAGACGGUCCAGAAAUUCCUUGGCGUGACCAACUUCAUCGAUUACCACAAGACCCUGGCGUUUGAUCCAAAGAAAGGAUUCUGGUGUCAGCUUCUGGAUGGAGGGAAGACGAAAUGCUUGGGAAAGAGCAAAGGGAGGAAGUACCCUGAGAUGGAUUCAGAUUCACGCGCCUUCCUGCGGGACUAUUACAGGGACCAUAACAUAGAGCUCUCCAAGCUCCUGUACAAAAUGGGGCAGACGCUGCCCACCUGGCUGCGGGAGGAGCUGCAGAGCACCAGGUAG